GCAGGAACCUCAGUGCUACAAGUGGUCGAUGAGGCAACCUGGGCACUGGCAACCCACACAGGCAUUCACACUCAGAAGGGACAGCUGCUUCUUCUCAUCUUGUACCCGCCCAAGCUGGUGUUCAAGUACGAUGAGCAGCUAAGCGUCGUGUUCUUCUUGCUCAUCAUCUAUGCCAUUGGCCUUGUGAUCAAGCUGAUGAAAGUUAUGUACGACCGCUACGCAGUGCAGCAGAAACUGCCGCUGACAGCCACUUGGGCCAGCGGAAUCUUCACUGCCUCCUGUGUGCUGCCCACCAUGCUGCACAUCGUGCUCUCUGUGGGCCAGGUCAUCUCGGCGAAGAGGCUGAAGAAGACCUGCAGCAUUUUCUGCGUUGUGCCCAAGCGGAUCGCUUUGGCUGGAAAGGUUCGCGUUGCCUGCUUCGAUAAGACGGGCACGCUAACUACCAGCGGCCUGGAGUUCUUUGGAGUGCACUGCGUGGAGAUAGAGGCUGCCAACGGAGGCGCAGGUGCUAAGAGCCCUUUCUCCUCCCCGCGGCUGGGUGUCUCCUCGGCCCCACAGUUGGCGGCCGAACCGCAGAAGUCGAACUGGGACCUUGACAUCCUGUGUGGCCUGGCAAGCGCGCAUUCACUUUCGCCCUUCUUGCAAAGCGAAACAGGGGUCGUUGGCAAUGCUGUCGAGGUGAACAUGUUCAAAGCAUCCAGAUGGUCGCUUGUUUCGCAGAGUGACGUGCGAAGUCCACCAGACUCUGCUUAUCCGGAGAAGCGCUUUGACUUUUCCCACAGCACCAUGACCAUGAGCGCGGUUGUCAAGCAUCUCCCAAGUGGAGAUCAAGGCAUCUACUGCAAGGGCAGCUUUGAGCACAUCCUGCGCAAGUGUCGCCCCGGUUCGGUGCCUGAGAACUUUGUGCAGGUGCCUUGCAACACUGUCUAA